AUGGAUGGAGGUUAUAUCUAUGUCAUCAACAAUGGUCCACAAUUUGUUGCGCAGAAAAUGAAAGAUUUCCUAAAAGGCAAUGGAAUUCAAAUGCACUUGUCUUCACCGUACCACCCUACUUCAAAUGGGGAAGCGGAAAGAGCAGUGAGAACAUUUAAAAACUCCAUGAAGAUUCGUAAGAAUGAAGAAGGAUCUACUGGAGAGAAAUUAGCAAGAUUUUUGUUAGGAUAUCGUACCACACCACAUACAGCAACUGGAUGUACACCUGCAGAAAUUCUUAUGGGUCGACGACUUAGAACAAGAUUAGAUAUAUUGCAUCCCAGUCUGGCAAAUAAAAUGGAUAAGAAAUCACAUCAAUUACCGAAAUUGACAAAGCGUAAGUUAGAAAUUGGAGAUCCAGUGAUGGUAAAAGAUUAUAGAGCAAGAAGAGAUCGUUGGAUACAGGGAGUAAUUCAAAUGAAGUUAAGCCCAGUUACAUAUCGAGUGUUGGUGGACGAUGUAUUGUGGAAACGACAUAUUGAUCAAUUGCGAAGUCUGGCAGGAUCAACAGUUCCAGAUGGUAAGACAAAACAAGAUGCUGAGAAAUAUCCUCCAACUUGGAGACACAAAAAAGUCUGGUGCUCGAUGAAAAUACAGUGUCUAAACAUAUCAACCAAGAGAUAUUCAAAGAACCAACUGUAA